GCUGCAUCGCGCUGAGCUCACUUCCGUGUAUUCUUUAUUCGACGGACGCAUGCUUCCGUCUCCAUUUUCAUAAAGUCAAGGCGCCGCGACAGGAGCACCUAUCCGCAGUUGUCAGUAGCCGUGCGCUAUAGCAGCGAGAGCUCUACAUGCGAAGAAGUGGAAAUUAAACUGGACUAUUUCCCCUUCUGUUUAUUUAUUUUUUCUACCCACUCAAAGCUUGAUUUUUAAUUGCACAUUUUGCAUUACGAACUGAUUUAAACUCAAAAAUGGAGAAUCAAGAAAGCGAGUAUCUCCCGGAGCUUCUCGCGGAGAAGGACAGUAUGGAUGUCUCGUUUACGCACGCUAUGAAACUUUUAUCUACAGAAAUCGAGAGAAUCCAGAAAGGCGAACCCAAGAAGGAAGGAGGAGACUCGUAUCUGGACCUUUUCACCGUCAAGAAUAUCAAACUGAAGGAACGCGUGCUCAUACCCGUCAAACAGUAUCCGAGGUUCAACUUUGUGGGGAAGAUUCUUGGCCCUCAGGGCAACACAAUCAAACGCCUUCAGGAAGAGACUGGGGCCAAGAUCUCUGUACUUGGCAAAGGCUCCAUGAGGGACAAAGCCAAGGAGGAGGGUCUGAGGAAAGGUGGCGAGGCCAAGUACGCACACCUGUCUAUGGAGCUGCAUGUCUUCAUCGAGGUGUUUGCCCCCGUGCCCGAGGCUUACCUACGCAUGGCGCACGCCAUGGAGGAAGUCAAAAAGUUCCUGUUUCCUGAUAUGAUGGAUGACAUCUGUCAGGAACAGUUCAUGGAGAUGGGUUAUUUGAACGGGGGCCAGGAGCACGGGCCAGGGGUCCCACGAGGCAGAGGAGGACCACCGGGCCCAAGGAGCCGAGGAGGGCCUUCGGGACAACCAGGGGCACCCAGGGGUAGGGGUAUGCCCCAACGUGGAGGUACCACCAGGGGAGGUCCAGCCAGAGGCGGGGUAGCGAGGGGGGCACCAGCAGGAAGGGGAACCCCUGCCAGAGGGGCAACAGCACCCCGAGCCAGACUCACUGCCCCUGGUGGGCCUCCAAGAACCCUUCCUCCCCCCCACCAACACGCCCCAGCACCGGAACAAUAUGAGGAAUAUGCCUAUGAUGAGAGCUACACUGAGCCAGCGUACGAGUCAUACAACAGUUACUACAGUCAGCCACAGGCAGAGCCAGAGUACUACGACUACGGACAUGGAGAAACACAGGAAGCAUACGAACCCUAUGCCCAGGACGACUGGAACGGGACCCAGAGAGUGGCGCCGGGGGGUAAGGCCCCCACUGCCAGAGCGGCUAAGGGCCCUUACCGAGAACACCCCUAUAGACAAUACUGAACUCAUCACCAUGCCAACGCCUAGCGACCAACCGUUAACGCGUUGCCCCGACAACCAACCAUCAACCUGUCUACCACGGCAGCUCUUGCUCUAAGCAACCCUCGACAAAAGUAAUUGUCCGUUUUGUUUUUGGUUUGGAAUUUUCUACACUGGACUUUUAUGAGCCGAAAAUCAGGAUCAUAACUGAUCGAAGCUGAUUUGAUAUUUAAUUAAGACCGUAAAAGUUUUUUUUUUUUUUUUUGGAUGGAGGUGGGGGGGGAUUUGAAGUUUUAGUUGAUUUCUGUUUUUCUCUCUGACCAUGUCUCCCUCUUGGCUUUUCUUUUGCACUGUUGACUUAAGGUUUCUUUUAUUUUUAAUGUUUGGAUUUAAACUCGCUUCUAGUGGAGUUAGACGACUUAUCCACUUGUUGUCGUCUUUAAAGGGACAUUUAAAAAACGCUCUACUUCAUAUUCAUUAUCUCCAGUUCAACAACAACAUAUGUGAACGUGGUACGUUUCUACGUUUUUGUAGUUUAAAAAACAAAACUGUUUCCGAUGACGACAGUCUGCGACUAAUUGACUAAUUGACUAAUUGACUGACUAAUUGACUAAUUGACUAAUUGACUAAUUGACUAAUUGGUUGAUGUUAUUGGAAACAGUUAUCUUCAUAUUUUCACAAGUAUUGAUGUUGGAUCUGGAGAUGACGAAUAUGAAGUAGAACCAUUCAUUAUUUUGUUUAAAACUAUACUUUGAGGGACAGUUGCAGAUUCCCAUUUAGGCUACAUUCCUAUUUUUUUUACAUUUUUUUUUUAAUUUAUUUUUUUAAUAAAAUAAAGUUAAGAAACUUAAACACUGUUUCAAUUAUGUAAUAUAGACCAAACCAAAAACGCCAAGUCAAAUGGAAACAGGGAAAAAACAAACAAAUGUUAAUGGAAUUUGAUUUAACAUUCCCAUUUGUUUUAAAUAGUUUUUAAUUAAUAGUUGUCAAUGUAGACUUUUUUUUAUUUUUAUAUAAUGACAUUUUCUCAUUGUACAUUUAGAGUUUUUGAAAUAUAGGCCUGAUUAUCCCCUGUUGAGAUGGACUGUCCUCACAUACUACUUUUUAUUAUUAAAGUUGGUUCAACAGUAAGUUCAUUUUUAUUAUUUUUAUUAUGUCUCUACAGUCGAUGUCUUUUUUAUUUUUUACAAGUAGAAUACGGCCUUAGAUCGGCCUCAUGUCGUGAUAAAUAAUGUCACGUGUCAGUACAGGAUCUUAUUGGUUGAAUCUGAUUCUAUAAAACUGCAUGUAAAAAAAAACGAUGCAAUGAAGGAUUGGGACAAAAAAAUCUCCACAUGACGGGAGAUCCUGCAGCUUUUCAAUCUGAGCUCUUGUACAUACUUUAAAUCGUCCAAAUCCACUAUUCUGCCACUGGUAUAUGCAUUAUGCUCUAUGUGUAAGGCUUGCCUAAAUAGGUAACUACUAAAUCUGUCCAAAAUAUGUUUUUUUUGCAGCAAUUUGUCAAUAAAGACUAGUUUGUUUUUCUAUGUAA